GCUUCUUCUUCCUUCUUCUUCUUGUUCCACUCAAUUCCUCAUUCUCCUUCCCCACCCCGGUCUUUUGCCUAGACUCGUCCUGUCCUUCCAGGCAUAGAAAUUCAGCCACGUCGCCCGCCUGAUUCCACCCCCUCCCUCUCCUCUCCGGCCGCAAGACAGCAAGCAAAUGUUAUGAGAUGAGACUAUCCUACCGUAUCGGUACGGCCGCCCUCCUUAUCGUCGCCAUCAUCCUGAUCAAGCGCCACCUCGAUCUCGUCCAGGAUGAUUCGCGCGUCCAGUCCGGCUGGAGCUUCAACGGCAUAAGCGGAGGCUCGGACUCCUCGGUUCCCGUGGCCAGCGAAAGCAAGAACGACGCCAAUGCCCCGGCCGCGGACUCCAAAGACGGAUUCUCCGUGGUGGGAGAUGCGAACAAGGACCAGUCUGCCGCAGAUGGCGACGACGAUAUCGCACUUGGGUCCCGGCCGGUCUACGAGACCACCCCGAUCAUUGUUCCUAAUGACCGUGUGAUUGUCAUGGCCAAGUUGUCCGCGGAGGAUACAGCAUGGGUCAGCAAUGAUUUGGCCGAUUGGCGCAAUUACAUCUACACGGUCGACGACGUCAAUGCCGCCAAACAUACCCCCAUGAACAAGGGCCGCGAGAGUUUGGCCUACCUCCAGUACAUCAUCGAGCACUACGACGACCUCCCCUCCACGAUCGUCUUUAUCCACAGCCACCGCGACGGCUACCCGGGCGCCUGGCACACCGACACGAUGGACUAUAGCAACGUCGACUCGAUCCGCGCCCUGCAGACCGACUUCGUUCAGCGCAACGGCUACGCCAACCUCCGCUGCCAGCUCUCCCCCGGCUGCCCGGACGAAAUCCGCCCCUUCCGCAAUCCGCCCCAGUCGGGGCAGACCACCGAACGGGUCUACGCGCAAGCCUGGAAGGAGCUCUUCAACAACACCGAUGUCCCCGAGGUCGUCGCCGUCGCCUGCUGCUCGCAGUUCGCCGUCUCGCGCGAGCAGGUGCUCCAGCGCCCUCUGAGCGACUACCAGUGGUUCUACGAGUGGGUGUUGACCACCCCGUUGUCGGACAAACUGGCCGGCGGUGUCAUGGAGUAUACCUGGCACAUCAUCUUCGGGCAAGAUCCUGUCUACUGCCCCGACGCCUACCAAUGCUACGAAGACGUCUACGGUAACCCGUACUUCUGGUGAUCUGAUAACAGAUCCUCCAUCAUCCCUCGCUUUUCCGCCGCAUCUGUACAGAAUACCCUGGCAAACCUCCUCCAAAGCUUUUCUUUCGCGUGAUUUCCUCCCAAAUUCCCAUCAUCUAUCUCUCUAUCUACCUUGUAAUUUUUUCUCUUCUACUACCAGCCGCCCGCCCACCGGCGACGAUCUCACGCAUGUUCUCUUAUAAAUCCUGUUGUCUUUUUUUUUUUUUU